UGCGAUAACACAUGACAACAAUACAACAGCUGCUUUAGGGCACAGCGUAAAUGUGAAUUAAAAUAGAUAGUUGGUUUCAGUUUCAUCUCACCUCAAGAAGUGUGAAUACAGUUCGUCGUAGAAAUCCGGUUUAACGCGUUCAUCGCUCUCAAGAUGAAGAACGAAGAAAACGAAAGUGAUUCCAAUGUACCGUACAGCCGGAUGGGGGCGUUUGAUUCUUCUGGUUCGCUGGAAAGUCGCGAUCGCAGCGAUCCUCGUCAUCAUCAAGAUCCUCGUACUACUGAGUCGGUCCAAGAUCAUCAAGGAAGUGAUAACAGGCAACGUUCUCAACGUACUAACAGCACGAAUGAUAGUGACCUUAUCAGUGAGCCCGUAAUGGAUGAAGUAGAGGCGGAUGAAAUCAUUUCGGCGGCUGAAGGUUUUGGCAGCGGAGCACGGCGAGGAUCUACACAAUCCACGACGGACAAGCAACAGGUGGUGUACGGCAAGACGACAACCGCAACGAGAACGGCCCAACAGCAGCAGCAACAAGCCACGAUCAGAAUGUUGAGCAUACGGUUACUUCUGGUCAACUUGCUGGCAAACUUUCUAAUGUUUGCCAUAGCCGGUUUCAUCACCUAUCAUUGCUUCAACAAAGCCACCGUACUGUUUUCGUGGCAUCCGACGUUUAUGAGCAUCGGGUAUUUCAUCCUGAUGUCCCAGGCCGUACUGACCCUGUCCGGAGCGAACCUUCUAACCUACAGGCAGCACCAGAAAACCCGUGUCCUCAUCCACUGGCUGCUGCAGGCUCUGGCUGGCAUUCUCAUCACCAUUGCCUUCGUGUGCAUCUUUCUGAACAAGGUUCGCAUGGAGAAGAAACACUUCCAAACGACCCAUGCAAUAGUCGGCCUCAUAACGGUCAUCCUCACGUUAGCCUCCAUUGGGGGAGGCAUUUUCACCAAGUACGGCUACCAGCUGCGACACCUAGUGAGACCGAUCUAUUCCAAAAUCAUGCACGGAGUGGCCGGCACAGUGACUUACAUCAUGGGAUCCGCCACAAUCGCUUUGGGGGUUUACUCCCAGUGGUUCCAGGAGGACAACAACGGCCAGGUUCGAUUGGCGCUCCUGAUUGGGAUCAUUGCCGUUACGUUGUAUGUGAUUGUCAACCCGAUUGCAGCUACCAUCAGCCGAACAAAGACUGCCCUGAGGAGCACGCUAUGAGCGUCUUAACUGCUGAAUUAAUAUUUAUUAUACCCUUAUCGCCUUCUUAUCUAACCGAUUCUAAGAGAGAGGGCAGUAGAUCAUAGGCAAUCAAAAAGUUGAAUAACCCUUAUUAGGUAUCUACCGCUUUAGGCUUUAAAGAUUUGGCUUUCGAAGAAUAUAUUUUUGAAAUAUUUUUU